CACUUACCAACGACCAUCCACCAUCGCGUCUUCACCUUUGCCUUCGCCCAAAGGUAUUGACCACCAUGAAUAACGAGAACAUCUGCUUUAUCUGUGUAGACAUGGCGUUGAAAAGUCCCGCAAAGCAUCAGCAUCUACACCGUGACCCAAAGCCCAGGAAGACAGAAGAGUGUCUUCUUUGCGCUAGACACUUUUGCGAGGCACACAAAUCAAAUGAUGAACUUGGUGAACAUGUUUGCGAAGUCAAUCACCGAGCUUACUACGCUAAUAAUCGGAGUAUUUUUAGAAUAUACCCUACCCUUCAGACGCGAGAGAGGUUGUCUGGAGUGGUGGGAUUAUGAGUGAAGUGACAAGGGGUGGUAUGUUUUCAUUGAAAGCACUUUGGAAGGAGUUAUACUUAUGUAAAUGAAUUUAUGUUCCAAUUCUUUACUCGUUGUUUGAGUAUAUAGACGUUAUUCCGGAUCAAGAUGUCGCAUUUAAAAAAGGUAUAUCUGGGCUGUUGGGAUCAAUCAGCGAAAGAUGGAGGAGGCUGUUCACAAUAUGGAUUUAUACAAAAGUUUACAUUCCUGGUACUUCUGGUAUAAUGCAAUGCAAUUUCAAACAACUCAUUCGAAGAU